CUGCGUCUGACGACUGGGUGGGACUCGGUAGCUGCCCGGAUGUGGCGCCGAUCCCGCCGAGCCUUGCCCACCCCGGCGAGAGUCUCCCGGGAGCCUCUGCCCGCCGCAGUGAACAGCGUAGGAGGACGACCACUUUGCCAGAAAAAUUCACUUAUGUACAUACACAUAAUAUUACAUACUUCAGAGGCGGCUUCUAGGAUCUAUUGAAGUUUAUCCUCUAGCAGUUCAUGGACUCCACGGACUCCAAGGGAAGAAUGCAGACAAUCAAAUGUGUGGUUGUAGGAGAUGGGGCUGUCGGGAAGACCUGCCUCCUCAUCAGUUACACAACAAAUGCCUUUCCUGAGGAGUAUAUCCCCACUGUCUUUGACAACUACAGCGCCCAGACCUCUGUAGAUGGCCAGAUCGUCAGCCUGAACCUGUGGGACACAGCUGGCCAAGAGGAGUAUGACCGACUGCGAACGCUGUCCUACCCCCAGACCAAUAUCUUUGUCAUUUGUUUUUCCAUUGGCAACCCAUCCUCGUAUGCCAACGUGAGGCAUAAGUGGCACCCGGAGGUCUCCCAUCACUGCCCCAAUGUACCUGUUCUGCUUGUAGGGACCAAGAGAGACCUGCGGAAUGAUGUUGAGACAGUGAAGAAGCUGAAGGAACAGAGCCUAGUGCCCACAACUCCUCAGCAAGGCACUUCCCUGGCCAAACAAGUAGGGGCAGUGAAGUAUCUGGAAUGUUCGGCCCUGCUGCAGGAUGGAGUGCAUGAGGUGUUUUCAGAAGCUGUCCGGGCUGUGCUUUACCCUGCUACAAAGAAGAGCACCAAGAAGUGUGUACUGUUAUAGCUUCGGGGGGUGCUACUUGGAGACUGCACCUAGGGAGAAAAAGAGGGACUCCUUUGAUAGCAUUGGACAAUGCCAGCAUGAGCCAUUUGUCUCUUCCCAGAAACCCUAGACUCCAGGCUAUUGGAGGAACAAAGACAGCCUAGUUUAUACCUGGCUGCUUGGAAGUUUGUGGAGGAAGAGAGAGAGAAUGAGAGAGAGACUGACUUUCACCUCUAAAUGUGGCUUUCCUAGCCAUAUUUACUAUUGAACAAGUGCCUCAAAGAAGGACAAAUCUACAGUUUUCAUAUCAUGGCCUUAAGCUUCUUGAUAUACUAAUUUUGGAAAGCCAUCUUAUGUGUGAUUUCUGGGUGUUCCCAAUGUCGGCAUGUUCUUGAGAUGAGACAUGCUUGCAAAAGUGCUUAAGCAGCAUUUUUUUUCAAAGUACUGGGAGAUACUAAUAGAUAAAUGUUCUGUAACAAGGUUCUGUGGUCAAAUAAGUCAGGAACCAGUGGGGUGUUAAAUGUUUAUUUAAAUCCUAGUUAGUUAACACACAGUGUACUAUUAAUUUCAGGUGUGCAAGAUAGGGAUUCAAUACUGCCACACGGACCUGGUGCUCAUCACAAGUGCCCUCCACCUUAAUCCCCAUCACCUAUCUACCCCAGUCCCUCACCUACCUCCCUUCCGAUAGCCAGUGAUUUCAAUAAAGCUGAAGUUUCCUCUGCUGCAGGAAUGUAUGACAAUAUUUGUAUUGUCGUACAAAUGUAUGAUGUAUUUAUUUGGCAAUAUUUCCCAAAUUUAUUUCACUGAACUUUUUUUGGGUCCAUGCAACACCUGUUAACAUCUCUAGAAACAAUUUCAGAGAUUCUGGGCUAAUAGGAACUAGAAAUUCCCAAAGAGGCUGUGAGAAAAAGCAUAACUGUGGUCCUGUGCUUUUUGAUGUUUCCUUCUUUAGGCCUUUGAGAGGAAUUUUAUCGCCAUGGACUUGUUACUAGUUCCUCUCUGACCCUUAGGAGGUGGGUUUGGUACUUAGUCAUGAUAGUGCAUUGGAUGUGGGGUCUGAUGGGCGGAUCUGCUAUCAGAUUAUGGCCCUAGUGAUGUGGAAUUAAUCCCCCAUAAAGCUGUGUCCUUGAGGUCUCUAUGAGGCCCUUUUUUUCUGUCAGCUUCUGCUUUAGGGAAAGACCACUGAAGGUUAACCCCAUAAAUCAACCAACCCACCAACCAAAAUGUUCUUCCAGUCAUUAUCAGGGAGUUAUGUGAUUGUUCUCAGCGUCCUACCUUGCUCUCUUCCUGUUCCUCCCUCCUCUAUAUUGUGUGUGUGUGUGUGUGUGUGUGUGUGUGUGUGUGUGUGUGUGUUUUCAGUCCUGGUUGCCUUUGAAGUCUUUUAGUUGCCCCAAGAAAGUUGGGAGUAUGUAGGAUCUCCAGACCCCAGGGCUGUCACAUUUGUGGGGAUUUUGCUGGAGUUGUUCAGCCUGCCCAGGUGCAGUACGAGUCAGAUUCCUUACCCCAGUAAGCCUGCUUCUCCUUAUUCUCCCUAGUUGUACUUUUGACCUUCAUUUGAUAUGGAAGGAAAACUCUACCUGGCAGAUGGUGGUUGACAACUCCACUCUGCACAUACCCUCUCACCCUGCCAAAAUAAGCAUUGGAUCUUCGAGAGUUUGGGAAAUGGAAUUAAAAGAAUCACAUACCUCCUUCUGUGGUGAAUGAAGUGUCUCUGUUUUGCUCUGUGAUAGUCUUACUGUUGCUCUUUGUUAAUAUAUGAUAAGAUUAGUCCUCAGGUUAACUGAACCUCCUGGAUACAGUUGCCAGAUAAAAGAGAGUAAAUAAUUCUUUAGUGUAAGUAGGUACCAUGCAAUAUUUGGGACAUAGAAUGAGAAAUUAUUUGCUCUUUAUCUGAAACUCAAAUUUAAUGGGACAUCAUGUAUUUUUAUUUGCUAAAUCUGGCACCCUUAUUCUCUGAGAACUUGAAACCCAGAGGUCAAGCAGAUACCAAGUAUUGUUAGAAGGUAAAAGGUUACAUAAGCUCACUAUUCUUCCUUUUCUCCUCUCCCUCACCAUAGACUAAAGUGUUCUGUUUUGCUUUUCCUUUAUCACUGCACUUUCCACUCCAUAUAGUAAUUCAUUUCUACACCAUUUAUUGUCUAAAACUGUGGAGGAUCCAUGAUGAAUAGUAUUGUCUCGUAGAUGUCUUCUUUCUCAAUUUCAGUGUACUGUAUUUAUUUCUGGUGUUUGGCCCAGAGCUUCCUGUUAUGGGGUUGUAGGGACCCUGUAUGAGCAGGUUGUUAACUGGAAGAGGGUGAGGGUGGCCCUCCUUAACUAAGGCCCAGUAACACUUUGGAAAGUGGGGGUCCAUUAUAGUAGUGUGGUGACUGUAGGAGUCAAUUGGCCUGUGGGCAUGUGUGCCAACUGCUCUGUGUAUUCACUGAGUUUUCCUACAGGCAGCCAAAUGAGGCACCUAUUGCUUGAGUGUAUUCUGGUCUCAGGAUGUUCUGAUUGAUGCUGCCUGAGGUGCUUACAGGACUUCAUGGUUGAAAGGGGCUAGAAACAUGGCUGUCACUGGUGUCUGGGAACUUUCCAUUUAGCUACUGAAAUCUUUUUAAUUGGCUUAUAAUAGUGCCUCCUGCUCUCACUUUGCGUAGCACAUUGCCAAAUGUAAGCCUGGGCUGGGUUUGGUCAAACUCAUAUCCUCUUAGGAAUGGAGGUGUGACCCACAAGUCUGAGAGUAUGGUUCUGUAUUAGACUGAUCUGAUGGUCUUAAACAUACACUGACAUCUUGUUUUUAUACUUAAAAGGAAUUUGUAUGAAGACUAACAUGCUAAUAGUCACUUUUCAAUUGUUUGUAAUGAAUGGUAAUAAACUUUUCUGAUUUUA